AUGCCUCGUUAAUAGAGAGAACAGGUCCAAUCUCCAUUUAUUGAUUCAAUCCUUCGGUCUUCUCUCCCAAGUCUCAGCCUUCAUCAACUAUCUUCUUCUUCGUCCUUCUUCUCCUUCUUCAAGACUCAGCACACAGAUAUGGAAUACUUACCGUUAGAGCUCACGAUAAUUUCCGCUAAAGAUCUUAAAGAUGUCAACCUUUUCUCCAAGAUGGACGUUUACGCCGUCGUUUCGAUUUCCGGCGACGCCUACCAGAACCAGAAGGCCAAGACCCCCGUUGACAGAGACGGUGGCACCAGCCCCACCUGGAAUUUCCCCAUGAAAUUCAACGUCAACGAAUCGGCGGCGCGCCAGAACCGUCUCUCCAUCGAAAUCAAGCUCAAAUCUGAGCGUUCCAUGGCCGGCGACAAGGACAUCGGUGUCGUUCACGUCCCAGUCAAAGAGCUUCUGGAUAACACCGGCGAUGGCAAGUCGGCGCAGUUCGUCAGCUACCAGGUUAGGAAGCCCUCAGGGAAACCCAAGGGAUCGUUGAAUUUCUCUUACAAAUUUGGGGAAAAGGUCACCGCUCCGGUCGCUGCGCCGGCCGGGAAGGCGUAUCCGGAGGGAGUUUCAAAGGGUGAGCCAGUGAUGGCGUAUCCUCCCUCAGCGGCGGGAUCCAGCUCGGCACCGGCAUAUGGCGCGCCAUACCCUCCACCGCAUGGAGCAUAUCCUCCUCCGCCGCCACAGUACGCAGCUGGUUACGGGUACCCGCCACCUCCACACCAGGGAGGGUAUCCACCGGCAUAUGGUGGGUACCCGCCCGCACAACCGGGCUACGGGUACCCGCCGGUUCAGAAACCGGCGAAGAAGAACAAAUUUGGGAUGGGUUUGGGAGCCGGGUUGUUGGGUGGAGCUCUCGGCGGUUUGCUGAUCGGAGAUAUGGUCUCCGAUGCUGCUGAUUACGAUGCUGGGUAUGAUGCAGGCUUUGAUGAUGCUGGUGGAUUUGAUUUCUGAUCACCUUUUUCUUCCCCCCUCCUGUGGGUUGUAAUUUUGAAGUAGUUGUAAUGUUUUAACUGAUAAUCUGCAUCAUGUUUAGCUCCUUUGAAUGUGUAUAAAUCAUUUUGGAUUUUGAAGUGUUGCGAAUAGUCCUAUGAAUAUGGGGCGUUUAAUUGCGAAAUAUAAGAACUUUGAGUCAGUAUACAUGAAACGCAUGCUUAUAAGUAUUAUUAAUUCA